AUGACUGCGAUGAAGUCUCACCCACCGGGGAACCAUGGUGUAGUGGACUCCAGCGCAAGACCAAUGGACCUGAAGCCGAAUGAACAACCCAGAGACAGCCCAGGGUCCAGUGAAGAUAGCGUUGCAAUCGUUGUUAUGGGGGGUACAGGUGCCGGGAAAAGUACUUUCGUCUCCUUGCUUACGGAUCAAGAAGUUAAAAUCGGACACGAUCUGAAAUCGUGUACCACUGAAGUCGGCGUUUAUAGCUUCCGUUAUAAUAACCGACAGACUGUCCACAUAAUCGAUACGCCUGGCUUCGAUGAUACGAAUCGCCCCGAUUCGGAAAUAUUGCAAGAAAUAGCACUCUUUCUCGCAGCUCUAUACGCCAAUAAUGUACGAUUGGCUGGGCUUAUUUAUCUUCAUCGUAUUACAGACACGCGAGUCUCUGGAUCCAGCCUGAAAAAUAUGAAUAUUUUCCAGAAGCUCUGCGGCGAGAAAGCGUUUCCCUAUGUUGUACUUGCCACCACCAUGUGGGGUGCACUGGAUGCCAUUGAAAACGGAGAUGAAACUGGGCGGCAACGCUGCAGUCAGCUUCAGCGCCCAGAGUUUUGGGGCGAUAUGCUCCAGAAAGGGAGUAUCAUGAGGAAGCAUGACGGCUCGAAGGACUCAGCCUACUCUAUCGUCUCCGAACUUGUUGAAAGGAAAGCCCAUGUGGUCUUGGAGAUACAAACAGAGAUGAAGGACCGAAAUCUCACUCUAGACGAGACCGGGGCCGGCCUUUAUUUGCAGAAGAACUUCCGCGAAGCCCGCGAGAGAUAUGAAAAGGAUCUUGCAGAGUUUCAAGAGAGCAUUGAGCAGGCGCUUGCUGAGAAAGACGCAGAGGCGGUUGAUUUCAUCACGAAAGAAAGGGAAGCAGCCGAGUCUCGAAUGGCCAAGCUCCAGAAUGACAACACUCGGCUGCAUCUUUCUCUAGGCCAGCUUGCCGCACAAGUAGCGGCACGCUUCCACUCAAGAUUGCCUAAUGUCGAGCCUUCGUCAGCAACAGUUCCGGACCCGUCGCUUGGGCCCCGCGUGAAAGACUUGGAGAGACGGUUUAGUCACUUUGAGCAGCGCCAAAGCACCAGUCGUGAUCCUCAGAACUCGAGAACAAAUGCUGCUCAGCAGCCCGCCGCAGUAAAAGACGUGCAAGAGCGCUCGAGAACGAAAAAGAGGAGCGCUUCGCAAAAUAAACAAAGGGCUCCCCAGGAACAUCACGCACAUUCCACAGAGGAGACAUGGAACGGGUGGAAUAUACUGACUCUACUGGAGUAUCUUUGGAAGGACGUUUUUGGUUUUGGCGAAGAUAGAGAUGACCAUUCCAGGCGUCGCCAGCAUGCAAGAUAG